GAAUAUGUGGAACAUUGAACCAUGGAAAACAUAACCGUGAAGCGGGUGAAGGUAGAUGCCGCAUUCGAAGUAUGCGUCUCUGAGGUUCGAGGACUUCAGUUUUACUAUGACCGUCGUCGAGGUCACGAGAAACUCUCAUUAUUAAUAUCAUUUAAAAAAAAAAAAAAUUAUAAAGUUCCUUAACAAAGUUUUACAAUAUAAAUUUCGAUAUCUAAACAUCAAUCAUGGAAUUUCGAACCUUCAUUAUGAUAGUCCUUUGUGGCUUUACAUAUGGAGCUGAAAAUGGAGAAAAGGAAAAAAAUUCAAAAUCACCUGCACUAAACACAAUUGUUCAAGAAGAUGAACCACCGGAAGGUUACUAUGCAUUUGUCGAAUCACCAAAUGCGGAACCACCAAAAGUUAAACCACCACCAUAUAUUGACAGUGAUAAGGAAUGUCAUGACACGGGAAAGCAGGGAAAAGGAUAUGUAUCAAUUCACAAUAUUUGUGGAGACCUCAAUAAAGGAUAUAUUCCACGAAAUCCUAUGAAACAAAGUUUUAAAGGAUCAUCGUAUCCCUUUGAAUUAAUACGUAAUCAUACAUUAAAAUUUUUGAGUAAAGCCCUCCCAAUACUCAAAGCCGAUGAUUCACUACCAAAAGUGGCUAAGGUUCAACCUUACUCACAAAAUUCAGUUGAUACAAAUGAGAAAAGAAGUAGAAGUAAACGAGCCGCUAAUUCAGAAACGAAAGUAGAAAAUCGUACCGGAAGGAAACUAUGUGAAAAUCAAAGUGGAGUAAUGUGUAUGUUAUACAAAGCAAUUCAGGGAGAAUCAUUGACACCUGCUGCUGCCGAAAGAAGAGAUGAAAUACCACCAACUGAAUAUUAUCAAAGAGAACGACCUGCACCUCAAGAAAAACCUGAAUACACAGGUCCACCAACGCCAUGUCCUGCAAAAGUUGAAUACGCAACACCUGUUUUUGCCAAAAAUUAUCAAGGAGUCUGGCGUUAUGUUGUACAAAUUCCCUAUGAAGGCUACUUCACUCAAACAAUUGAAGUUACUCGAUGCAUGCAAUCGCGAUGUCACUAUUUGGAUGGUGGAUGUCUAUCGUCACCAAGAUGGACAAGUUUACUUGUGGCGGAAAUUUUUUAUCCUGAUACAUUUUUAGAAGAAAAUCAAAAUAAUCGAUUACCUGGACCAAGAGAUCCAGUUACUGGUUCUCCACCUCCAGUUUAUGAUUUUCAAAAUUAUCAACAAUAUUUGCAAAAACGAGCUGGAGAAAAUGAAGGUCGCAGUAGUUCAGGAUCUCAGCCACAUCAUUGCGAUGGAGUCGAUGAUAUGGGAUGCUUCCAGGUUCGACUUUACUACGAUUGGUUCCUGGUACCUGGAAGUUGUAAAUGUUGGCGUCCUGACUAUUUUAAUCGUUACGUUCGUCGAAGUAGUCAAAAUACUGAAUUGUAAAAAAAAAUUAUUCAUAUAAUUUUAAUCCAUUGCAGUCAUCAUUCUCAUAAAAACAUUCAUCCAACAUUGUCAAAAGACUUCGAAAAUUGACAAAUUUUUUUUAUCUACUUUUUUUUCUAAUUAUACACAAAAACUAUAUAUUAUUUGUAACGAUAAUAAUAUUUUGUAUAUUAAAUUAUGCAAGUGAUUUUAUACGACGAUAAUUUCAAUAAUUUUUCUUUUUUUCACACAAUAUUUCGACUGACUGAUAAAGGCAUUAUAGAAAAAAAAAAAAAUCUAGAUAUUUUUUUAGAAUUAAUAAGUUGCAAUAAUGUCAUUUUCGAAGAAAAUUGUCACAUCUUCAUUUUAUAUUGUAAAUAUAUUUUUUUUACGUAAUUUUCAAUGAUCGAUAAUUGAAAAUUA